AUGUCAAAACUUGCCUCUUGCUUUCGCCCUGGAGCUUCGCCUCCAAGCCUACGGACUGCGUUCAAUCGAAUCGGGAAGGUCCGAGGAUUUGCCAAACGCGACGCACCACUCCCUCCUCUGACCAAUCCUGUGGAACAGGCGAUUGCUGCCGCCCAACAACGCGGACAACUCAACAACCUAAGCGGCGCUGGCAAACCACUCAGCAGCAAGUCGAAUUCUAUCUCGAGUCGUCCUGUUGCAGGCAUGUCCACUUCCGAGUUGCUAUCCAAAAAGGCCGAAUUCGAGAUGCGCCGUGCCGUCAAGAACCGAGAAUUGGAACAUUUGGAAGGACAAACCUUGCAGUAUCGUGGAACCACCAUUGUGUCACCGUCGCUCAGUAGUAAUAGUGGUGGCAGUCCCAGCGGAAGCUCGGAAAAAAGUGGGGCCACUAUCAUGGGUCAAUACAUUCUGAAACAAGCCCAGCCCUCCGUCAAGGAUCUGAAAUAG